UCUCUCAUAAGCAUGGCCGGAGUCGGAGAAGAAGAUCCUGAAGCAACUCCGUCGUCACCGGAAUAUAGGCCUUUACCAUCGUCAAGUCAAGAUCUAUGCGACGCCGUUCUGAUCUCACAUCCUUCCACGAAUACACGACGCUGUUUCAUCAUCUCUAUAUUUCUCAUAUCAUUUGCCUCGAUCCUCAUCUACAUCUUCUGGCCGUCAGAUCCACGCAUUAAGAUCGAACGGGUCAGGAUUUCCCACGUAAGCGUUCACCGCCGUCCGGUGCCGUCUAUUGACAUGACGAUGCUCGUGACGCUCAAGAUAUCCAAUGCUGACGUGUACUCUUUUGACUUCACGGCGCUUGACGUGGAGAUUGACUACAGAGGGAAGACGUUAGGUCACGUGAGUUCGGACGGCGGACACGUGAGGGCUAUGGGUUCGUCUUACCUGGAGGCAGAGACGGAGCUUGACGGCGUCACGGUGUUUGCUGACGUCAUUCACCUGAUUCACGAUUUGGCUAUGGGAUCCGUCGAAUUUGACACCGUUACGGAGACUAACGGAAAACUUGGCAUUUUGUUCUUCCGUUUCCCUUUAAAGGCAAAAGUAGCAUGUGGGAUUCAAGUAAAUACAGUUAAUCAAACAAUUUCACGUCAAAGUUGUACAGUUGUCUAGUUCUAAGACUCAAGACUCAGGAGACAUCAUUUGGUAUUUUUUUCAACCUUUUUAAUUUAAUUUCUAGUGUGCAACAAACAAGAGUCUAGAGUAAAUCCAAUAAUCAAAAUGUUUGUAGACGCUAAACAGAUUUUUGAAAUAUAUUGUUAACCAAUGUA